AUGCUCCCGCCGUAUCCAUUCAUCGAAUUGUUUCCCGAGCUCAAAGGCAAGCGUAUUGUUCUGUGCUCGGCAUCACCCAGGCGCAAACAGCUCCUCGACCAGGUAGGUCUUCAAGUCGAGUGCAUCACCUCAGACUUCCCCGAAAACAUCGACAAGGACUCCGUCACGCCAUGGGAAUACGUCAGCAAGACAGCCACAGGCAAGGCACUCGCCGUAUAUGAGCGUAUCUGCGAUGACAAGAAGGAACCAAGUCUGCUUAUCGCAGCCGACACGGUAGUUCUCUGUGGCCACAAAAUCAUGGAGAAGCCCAAGAACCAGGCAGAUCAGCUCGAGAUGCUCAAGCGGCUGCGUGCAGAGCCAGAGGGAGGUCACCGUGCCAUCACGGCAGUUUGCAUCAUCACACCAGAUGACGAGAUGCCUGUUGCACCUGGCUAUGUUCUCAAAACGCACGUCGAAGAAACGACUGUUGUCUUCGACAGUGAGCUCUCGGACGAUUUGCUGCUGAGUUAUGUCCAGAGCGGCGAGGGGCUUGAUAAAGCAGGCGGGUACGGUAUUCAAGGUCAAGGCGCGAUACUCAUCAAGCGCAUCCUUGGUGAUCACGGGGCCGUGGUCGGCCUGCCUCUCAAUGCAACCUACCGCCUCAUACAGAGCGUCCUCAACUACGAUAUAUACGCUGAGGAGAUCAACCUAUAG